UAUUACCUUAUAUUAUGAGCAGUCUCUCCGUGCAACGCAGCAUACUUGUCCAAAUAAUCCCACCUGAAUGAUAUAAUUAAUCCAAAAACUAUAUGACACAAACACCUGUUUAAUCGACAAGUGAGUACAUAAAAAACACCUAAUUUAACAUUUCAACCAAAGGAAUUAAGUGUAAUGUUUAAUCACGAUUGACUCGCAUAAAUGUCGAAAAAUCUCCCUCAAAAACCGCCGCGCAUCGUAUAGACGCCAACGCGGAGCGUCGCGACGCCUCGACAAAUUUUGCCGCCAGUUUUAACACAAACUCUGCACGAAACGCAGAGGAACCGACUCAGAAAAAGUUUCAGGCGGAAAAGUUUCCCGGAAGUUUUAUACUCAACUUCAAAAUAUUUUUGAUAAAUAAAGAUGGCGUACACGGUACUACACAAACAAUAAAUCUGGUUGGUUGGGGUUUAACGGGGGCAGAACGAGAUUAAGUUUGGACUUAAGGACAAAUAAAUUGUAAAUUACUUGUCGCCGGCGGCGGUACCUCAAAAAGGAACCCGAUAGUACCUACUUUGAAAAUGUGUCUCACGUGUGUGUGUGAAAAUAAGCAAACUUCUCUGAAAUACUAAAAACUAAUAUGUUUUGGAUGAAACUGCUGAUAAUAGUGAAUUUGUUUUGAGAUAAAAAAACAAAAGAUUUCUAUGACUAACAACACAGAAACUGAAUUGGUACAACCCAAUACUAUGAUGAUGUGUGGGACCCAAAAUAAUACAAAUCCUGGUUGGUGUCCAGAAGUUUUUGACAGCGCACUUUGUUGGCCUCAAACUCCUCCAGGAACUACAGCCAACCAAUCCUGUCCCAGAAUCGAAGGUUUUAUUAUUAACAAGCUAGCUUACAAGGAAUGCUGGGAUAAUGGUUCCUGGUACGUCAACCAAGAAAAUAUUUCUUGGUCGGAUUAUAGGAAUUGUAUCGAUUUUGAAUCGUUAGAGUUUUAUAACUUCAUUAAUUUCCUCUACGUUAUCGGCUACGCUGUGUCAUUGGCCGCCCUCAUCCUCUCUUUAUGGAUCUUUUUAUCUUUCAGGACCCUCAAAUGCAUCAGGAUCAGGGUACAUGUGCAACUUUUUAUGUCGUUCAUACUGAAUAAUAUAAUGUGGAUAAUAUGGUACAGAGAAGUAGUAGCUGAAGUGGCAGUUCCAUUACAAAAUCCAUACUGGUGCCAAUUUGUUCACGUAGCCAAAGAAUAUUACAUGGUUGCCAAUUACAUGUGGAUGUUUUGCGAAGCCCUUCAUCUUCAUUUAGCUUUGGUUGUCGUAUUUGUAAGAGAAGAACGUACCAUGAAGUGGUUCCACGCCAUCGGUUGGGGCUUCCCUUUCAUCAUCGUCCUGGUGCAUAGUAUGGUGAGGAUUUAUCACAACAUGGAUACGGAUUUAUGUUGGCUGCACGAAAAAGCCUUUGGAUCGUGGUUCAUCAGCAUUCCUAUUGCUGCUACACUAACUUUGUCAAUGAUCUUUCUCAUCAAUAUUCUGCGAGUAAUCCUCACCAUUAUGCAUCCGAAUUCGCCAAAUCCAGCUCCAGUCGGUAUCAGGAGAGCCGUAAGGGCUGCAUUGAUUCUCACACCACUUUUUGGACUACAGUUUAUUCUAAUUCCUGUGAGGCCCGAUACCGAAAACCCUAUGUAUUAUGCUUAUGUUUAUACUAGUGUUAUAAUCAUCCCUUAUCAGGGUUUCUGUUGUGCAGUCCUCUUCUGUUUCGCUAACCACGACGUGCAUCAAGCAAUUAAAAGAAGCUUUCAGAGAAAUAUUAGACGUCAGAGCACCAGGUGGAGCAACUAUCAAACUGGUGAAAGUGGUGCUGGAGUUUUCAUGCUCAACGGUACGGCUACCAAUGGUAAUAGUGCGCCAUUACUCUCUAUACGACGAAAAUCGACGCAGGGAUCAGUCAAAGUUUAGGAAUUGUAUCUCAACGUCACUAGAACUACUUUUUAAUAUUAAUGUAAAGAACUUUAUAUUAAGUUGAAUCUAGCGCGUUCCAAAGGAAAUCUAAUCAUCUAAGAUCUAAAGUUUCUUCAGAUUCAUCUCUAUAUAACGCUGAUAAUAAUGUUUACUUGAGGGUGGAUUUUGAAGGAUUAUGAUUGAUUUAUUUACGCUGCUCGUUCUCAGAGUUUAACAAAAUAUGGUUUUAGUGUACAAUAGAGUUAAAACAAAAGGUUAGCUCUAUCCAUCAAUUAUGUUCGAUAAAAAGUAAUGCAUCAAUGUAAAAAUUUUCAAAUGUAAAUAUAAACGAAUUUGGAAUUAGCUGUAGGCAAAUGUAACAUGAAAUAUAGUACAUUUCUAUAGUUAGACACGAUCGUUAAGGGAGAAAUAGACGCUUGUAUAAAUUUUACAUAUAUAAAAAAUUAGGUACCUAUCUAAGUUAGUACCUACAUUAUCGAAUGUAAUACCACAAGAGGUUUCAGGAUUACCGGAUAAUACUUUUACCUGAGUUGAGUGUCAGGUAAAAGUAUUAGGUAAUCCUGAAACAUCGAGUGGUAUUCAAAAGGUUAUACAACGAACUAAACUUCAAUACUUUAUCAAUCUUUAUAAUCAUUAAUGACAAAUUGACAAUAUUGCCACCAAGCGCGAUAAUCCCAAAAGGCUUAUCACUUCUUAAGCCUUUCGUGUCAUAUGGGAAUAAUGUACAGUGAGUUGUAUAAUCAGGGUAAUUUUGAUGUAGAAAAUAUUAAGGAUAUAGUAACAGUAGAUAAAUAGAUAUACUUAUAGUGAGAUAGUAUUUUAUGUUCGUAGGAGUUUAUACAAACUCGUAGUAAUAGUAAUAAGUAAUAUUUAAAAUUUUAUACUUUUUCUCCAAUAUUUCAGUACCUUUGAAUUGUAUAGGUACAACCCAUUGAAAAAAUAUAUGACCUAAAGAUUUAUUUUGUUAUCAUUUUGUUUUAGAUAGAAUUUUUAGUUCGUUUAAUCAGAACUUUGAUUAAAGCUUAAAUAUUUGUCGCAUAAAUAUAAA